AAAACGAUCAGUCUCGAAUCCGUGCUUCGCUUAAUCUGUCCCAAGUUCUCUCACGGCAGAAGCCGGAAAAACGGAAAUUACAGUUGUGAACUCGCGUUCUACCUUAGUAUCUCGCGUGACUUUUACAGUCGAAAACCGCGGGUCCUAUUAAACAGGACGAGCAGGCUCGCAGGAAGGCGGGUUUCGAUUGAAGAAAGCUCUUCAACCGAUCAUAUAUGCGUUACGUCAGGAAGACGAGCAAAAUCAUUCAGCUGCAAUUUCGCACGUUCCUACUGGUUGGUACCCGCGUUAUUAAGCGUUAUUAAGCGUCAAAACUUUCGUUUUGUAUAUAGACCUCUUGAAGAAUUGGGUGAUCUGUUCCACGUCUUGAAAGAAGCGAUAAAGAGGUUCCGUAGCAUUCAAAAUGCUACCGCAUCUUCUUGUCCUGUUUCUCUUCCUGUCUGCGUCAUCUGCAGAGCAGCGACGUGUUAAGAGCGAAGAGGAGAAGUGUCACGAAGAGCAUCCGACCUUGCUCCAUUAUUUCUCGUGGGCAGAUUACAUGGUACUCGCCACGAUGCUGUUGGUCUCGUGUCUAAUCGGCACCUUCUACGGCUUCUUCGCCAAGAAACAGGAGACCAGCCAGGACUUUCUGCUAGGUGGGUCCAGCAUGGGCACGUUUCCCACCGCGAUGUCGUUGGCUGCCAGCUUCAUCACGGCUAUCGAACUUUUAGGAAAUCCUGCGGAAAUGUAUGGACAGGGUACUCAAUUCUGGAUGAUCUGCGUCUCUUUCAUACUCGUGGUGCCGAUCACCUCUUGCUUGUACCUGCCGGUGUUCAUGAAAUUAAGGUUGACUUCGAGCUACGAAUAUCUACAUUUGCGCUUCGAUCGUCGCUGCCGAUUGUUGGCGAGCGUGUUAUACAUGUUGCAAAUGGUGCUCUACACGUCGGUAGCUGUGUACGCUCCCGCGUUAGCGUUAAGUCACGUCACAGGCCUGAAUACUUAUAUAGCCGUUACUCUAGUCUACGUAGUCUGCAUUUUCUACGCUUCACAGGGUGGCAUGAAAGCCGUCAUCAUGACCGACACGUUCCAAGCCGCCGUUCUUAUCGGCUCGUUGUUCUUCAUCAUCGGUUACGGAAUGACUUGGGCGGGCGGGAUGGCGCUCGUUUGGCAAGAAAACGUGAGUUCCGGAAGGGUGGAAUUCUUCAACAUGAACCCCAGUCCGACGGUGCGACAUAGCUUCUGGAGCGUCGUCGUCGGUGGCACCUUCUACUGGCUGACCAUGUUCUGCAGCAACCAAGCGUCCGUCCAAAAGUAUCUCAGCGUCGAGAGAAUCUCGCAAGUGAGAACAUCGCUCUGGGUGUCUGCGUUCGGCAUGAUUUUAAUUUAUAGUAUAAACUUCCUCACCGGGAUGACGCUAUACAGCGCUUACAAAGACUGCGAUCCAUUGACCGCCGGAUACAUAAGCGGCCAGGAUCAAUUGCUACCACUAUAUGUAAUGAAUUUUAUGGGAGGUCUUCGCGGUAUGCCCGGAUUCUUUGUCGCUGGGAUCUUCGCUGCCUCUUUGGGGACCGUAGCGACUGCUUUGAAUUCCUUGGCAGCGAUAACCUGCGAGGAUGUCCUUCGCGGGCUCUUCCACAUGGAAUUACCGGCAAGCAAGGGCGCCAUUUACGGCAGAUGGAUUAGCAUAUUUUUUGGAGUUAUUAGUUUCGCACUGGUCUUCGUCGUGGAGCGACUUGGUAGCGUUCUGCAAGUUGCAUUGUCUUUCAACGGCAUGGUGGGCGGUGUGACUCUGGGAUUAUUCUCCUUGGGCAUGCUUUUACCGUGGGCUAAUGCGAAAGGAGCGAUAGCGGGUGCUAUCACGAGCUUGGUAGUCGUCUUGUGGAUCGGAUUAGGCGCUCAAGUUGCGGCUAUAAACGGUCAGAUUCGAUUGGACGGUAAACCCACGUCGAUCGAAGGGUGCCCUUGCAUAAACCAGACUACGAUCGUCGUUCUCGAGGAAGCCGAGCACUCUGACGACGAAGUCCUAUCUAUAUACAAGAUCAGUUACUUAUGGUACAGCACGAUCGGCUGCAUGUUGACCAUGCUGGUGGGUCUGAUAGUGAGCCUCAUCACGGGUGCUCAAGAUCCCGCCGACGUGGACCAAGACCUGCUGAGCCCGCCGAUCGCUGCCAUGUUCCGCAUGCAGACGAAGCCUCGCGCCGCCGCGAAUCGCAUGCAGGGCAUCGUGAACUUGGGCCUGGAGCAGGAUGAGAAGCCUCCGCAAGCGGACACUUGCAAGAGACCACCGGAGUGAGUCUCGCAGAGACUCCGCGAGAGGAGUCUGAGAGAAGAGAAGGACCGUCGAGAAGAUGUCGCGAAGUGAAAAGUAGCCGCGGCAAUGAGUACGGCCGGAACACACGCCGCUUACGGGAGAUCUCAGUCUCCGUUUUAGCACACACGUUUUAUACGAUAAUGGUCGAGAAACGGCUGUAGAUAGCACUAACAAUGCAUCGCACGAAGGGAUAUUUAUUUUCAAGAACGACUCUCACUCGUUGAAGCUCCCAGCGGGAGCGAACUUUUCAGCGAUACUCGCCGGGAUGAGAGCGCCGGCUACGAGAGAGAACGGCGAAGGUAGGAAUGGUAGAAAAAUCGUACGUUUUACACAGAAAGACACAUGUGAGUGAUAUUAUUAUUGGAAUAAUAAUUAUUUACGACUGAUGACAUCACGAUUUGUAUCAAAUAUGACGAUGGUGUCCGGUAUCGGUGGUACUUGGCGCGUUACGUCGCAAUUACUUUCGACGCGAUCGUUUAUUUAUUUCUCGAAAUAUUUCCUUUUAUCCUGCGCGUAGAACGAGAUUGUUAACACUUUGUGCGAUACUGUCGAAACUAACGUUACACACUCUCCAGCAGCGCUUGACCAUGUAACUGUCAUUGAACACCACGAGUAGGACGAAAAGAAUUAUUUAGGUCUGUAACUCGCGGUCGAAACGACCGGACUUUGCGCCACCAUCGUUUUCUUCUUCGCUAUGUAUCUUGUCGCGCAUCGUGUCGUUUUGCACGAGUUUGUGUAGUUGAGAAUUCCUCAGUAUUAAAAAUAUUCCAUUACUUCA